GUUGAACAAUAUUAUCUUAAGCUAGCCAUACACGAUCCGGUUCGCCGGAGAGGUCGGACUGCGCAGGCGGACUGCACAGUUUUUCCGGAACGUGUAUGUUACAAGUUUGCGCAGUUUUCGAAGACUGUGCAGGCGGCCGGAAAAAAAUCGAAAAACGAUUCUUUUGGCCUGCACAGUCAUGACUGUACAGGCAUACCGGAUCGUGUAUGGCCGUAUGUUGGUUUACCGUCAUUCGACCGGCUGGUUCACUUUUGCAGCAUAGUGCUUUUUAUGUUUAUUGAAGUUUUAUAUUAUACAUGUUUUAUUAAAUUAUAUUAUAUAAUAUAAUAAUGAGCCGUAAGAAUUUGGAAGAAUUUAUAGAUUUAUAUAAAUCAUAUCCAUGUCUGUGGCAAACAAAAUCUAAGCUUUACCAUGACCGCCCACUAAGAGAAGCGGCUUACAAAGUAUUAGUAGAAAAAUUAAAAGAAUUUGAACCAGAUGCGAACAAGGAUUUAGUGGUAAAAAAAAUCAACAAUUUAAGAAGCAGCGUCCGAAAAGAAAAAAAAAAAUAUGAAGCUUCUGUCAAGUCAGGAGCUUCUUCUGACGAUGUUUAUCGGCCAAAAUUGUGGUAUUAUGAUAUGAUGAACUUUCUAAAUGACCAAGAUACGCCUCGAGAAUCAACAUCAAAUUUGGACACACAAGAUGAAAGCAUAUCUGAGAUUGGAAUAGAUGAAAAUCUGGAAAAUGAAGUAGAAGGAAUCGACUCGGUAAAUUCGACAGUUGAGCGAUCAGAUAUCGUUAAUCCACCAAGGGCAGAAAAAUCUAAAAAAAACGAUGCAAAGUUAACUACUGAGGUGUUGGUGUCGGUGCGUGAUCAUUUUAAACGACCAAAAAUAGAAGAAGAUCGGUUUGACGUUAUUUCAAAAGGUUUUGCUAUGAGAUUGAGGGAAUUGGAAAAAAGGCAGCGAAUCAUUGCUGAAAAGUUGAUUAAUGAUAUCCUUUUUGAGGCUGAAAUGGGUAGCUUGACAUUAAACCAUAAGUUCACAACAGCAGCAGAAACUACAUCAAGCUUUUACUCGCGAAAUCAUAGUUCAAAUUCCAAUUUUAGUACAAAUUCUAAUUUGAGUUCAAAUUCCAGUUUUUCUGAAAAUGGUGUCUACGUGUAUCAAGAAAAUGAUGAUUUUGCUGGCAACACAACUAAUCAACAUCAAACUCAACCAGAAAAUGCUGCUUGUUAUAUAACUAAUUUUAUGAACUCGCUUGAAAACUAAACUAUGUACCUACAUAUUAUAGAUUUUAAUAAAUAUUAAUUACAUAUUUCAUAAUAAUUCAUAAUAUGACUUAUAAUCAAAUAAAAAAAAUAUGAUAUAUUCAUUACAA